AUGCUACCGCAAUGUCAAGGCCCCGUCUGGGCCGUUGACGACUUGUCUCGUUGCUUCCAGCGCAACAUUCUUCAGGUUAUACUUCCCCUCACGGUCUGCGGCGGUUCACUGCUGCUGAUCCUAAUUCGCCUCGCUCAUCGAUAUGUCCUCACCCGAAAAGGUGUCGCUUACAAGAUCAUCCCGAACCAUGACUCCGAAGAUGAGGUCCCCAGUGCGACGCAGGAAAACGAGUGCGAUCGGAUACUGUCCCAAGCUGUACAGCACGAACAAUCUCAGGUCGAGGUCAAUCGCCCGCGUGGAGAGAUCACCGUUGUAUUACUCGAAAUCGCAGCUUUGAUUGGACAAGCUGCGGUCUACAUCGUCAUUUUGUCGACUCACGCCUGGGGCCGACAUGGAACUCUUCCCGCCGUGGCUGGGCUUGUAUCGUGGGGCUAUAUCCUUUUCUUGGUGCUGGUCCGGUUCCUCCUAUCGACCAUGGAUCUUUCUUCCGCGCCGAGACUAUGGACCCAUACGGCAAUCCUGUACAGCUUCCAGUGGUUGUUCAACAUCAUGGUCUUCCGAUCCGCCAUUAUCCACCCCUUGUCUCAGAACGCCCUGAUCCUCAGCAGUGUUCAGUUCACUCUAAGUACGGUGCUACUAUUUAUUGCACUCACCACUCGCCGAGGCAAUAAGCCAGUUCUGGUUGAGCGCGAAGAUGGAUUGGAGCCUCCGACGCAUCCCAUGGCCAGUUUGUUCUCUCUUGCAACAUUUUCCUGGCUCGACCCUUUGGUCAUGAAGGGCUAUCGCCAACCCCUGGAGAUGGAGGAUGUUUGGAACCUGACCCCCUCUCAGAAAGCUGCGAACGUGCUUAUAGACUUCCGCAAGAGACAAAUGAAAGGCUCUUUGGCAUGGAAGCUGAUACGGUUCUUCAUGGGGACUCUUCUUAAGCAGGGUGCCUGGACGAUCUUCGCCAAUUUAUUCGUUUUCAUGCCCAGUCUACUUCUCAAGGCUAUCCUCGAGUACGUCGAAGAUCCUCGGUCGACCACGCCCAAUGCGGCUUGGUUGUUCGCCAUUCUGCUUUUCUGUUGCGCCGCGGUCCAGGGUGUGGCAGAUGGACAAUCCUUGUUCAUUGGUCGCAAGAUGGGUGUGAAAAUCCGUGCGAUCAUUAUUGGUGAAAUCUAUGCCAAAGCUCUUCGCCGCAAGGCAGGCGCUUCCCUGGAGGCUGCCAAGAAGGAAGAUCCAAUCUUGCCCAAGGAUAAGAAGAGAAAGCUCUUUUCCUUUGGUCGCAAGAAGAAGGCCGCGAAUGGAAAUGAUGCCGAGGCUGGAAAAAAGCCAGACACAGAAGCGGAGGAACCCACGCAAGCCAAUGUUGGCACAAUCAUCAACUUGAUGGCGAUCGACUCGUUCAAGGUAAGCGAGGUUGGCGCCUAUCUCCACUUCUUGUGGGCUAGUGUGCCAGUGCAGAUCAUAAUGGCGAUUACUCUGCUCUACCACAUCAUGGGUUUCAGCUCAUUUGCUGGUAUCGGCCUGAUGGCCCUCAUGCUGCCUAUCAACCUUUUCAUCGCCCGCCAGUUCAACAAGGUCCAGAACCAGAUUUUAAAGGGCACCGAUGCCCGUAUUCACGCCACUAACGAAGUCCUCCAAAACAUCCGCAUCAUCAAGUACUUUGCUUGGGAGCAACGAUUCCAAGACAUUGUCGGCGAGAAGCGCAAGACCGAACUAAAAGCCUUGCGCAGGCGAUACAUCCUCUGGUCCUCUGCCGCAACCGUCUGGUACGGCACGCCUAUUCUCAUCACGUUCAUGUCCUUCUUCUUGUACACUGUGGUCGAGAAAAAGCAAUUGACUCCGUCGAUCGCUUUCCCUGCCUUGUCUAUGUUCUCCUUGCUGCGUGUGCCCUUGGACCAGCUCGCGGAUAUGGUGGCCCACGUUCAGGAAUGUAAGGUUUCCCUAGACCGCGUGGACAAGUACCUGAACGAGGAGGAAACGGGAAAAUACGAUCAACUCCGUGAUAGUUCUACCCCAGGAACACCUGCCAAGAUUGGUCUUGAAAAUGCAACACUAUCCUGGAACAGCUCUACUGCUGAAUCCCCAGAUACCGAAUCCGAUGCCGACUUGGACGCUUUCCGUUUGAUUAAUGUCGACGUCGAAUUCCUUGUCGGCAAGCUUAACAUCAUUGUUGGCCCCACUGGAUCUGGAAAGACCUCCCUGCUCAUGGCUUUGCUUGGAGAAAUGAAGCUUCUCGAGGGUCGUGUUCAUCUCCCCGGUGGAAUGUCCAACAGGGCAGACCUCCCAGUGGACCCUGAAACUGGUCUGGUUGACAGCAUUGCUUAUUGUGCCCAGGAAGCAUGGUUGGUCAACGAUACCGUAAAGGAAAAUAUCAUCUUCGCCUCUCCCUAUGAUGAGCGUCGCUAUCGUGCAGUGCUAAAGGCAUGCGCUCUGGAACGUGACCUUGCUAUCCUUGAUGCUGGCGAUCAAACUCUUGUUGGCGAGAAGGGCAUCAGUUUGUCUGGUGGCCAGAAGCAGCGAAUCUCUCUGGCUCGCGCUAUCUACAGCAGUGGCCGCCACUUGCUGCUAGAUGACUGUCUCUCUGCUGUCGAUUCUCAUACCGCCAAGCACAUCUUCCGCCAGGCUCUUACCGGCCCUCUGAUGUUUAACCGCACAUGCAUUUUGGUAACACAUAACGUUGCUUUGACUGUCCCCCUAUCGGAUCACGUUGUGGUACUUGAGAACGGUAGAAUUUCCGUCCAGGGCCGUCCUAACGAUGUCGCCGCUACUGGUGCAUUGGGCGAUGAGUUCCUCAAGUCUCGACCCGAUUCCCGGCCCAGCUCCCGCGGACUCUCCCGUGCUCCAUCGGACCACGAAGCCGAGGAUGAAGAUUUGAACGGAAACCCGAAUGGAAAGCAAGAAGACAAGGCCAAGCUCACUGAAUCCAAGGCUACUGGUAGUAUCAAGUGGUCGACCGUCAGCAUGUACCUCCGCGCCAUGGGCCCGUGGUACUAUUGGAUCGGUGCUGUUCUUGUGUUCUGCUUGCAGCAAUUGGGCUCUGUUUCUACCAACAUCUGGAUUAGACAGUGGGCAAACUCUUACCAUCGCGCCAAGGUCGGGACUGAGGAUGCCGGGCAGUACGCCGCCGCGGCCCACCUCAAGCCCCCCACUUUCAACGUUGGAAGCGUUGGGCGCGUGAGCAGCUGGAGUCUGCCCCAACUUGGCGCAAGCUCUGCCGGCGAGGCUGAUGGCGAGGUGAACGUGGCUUAUUACUUGGGUGUCUAUGCACUCCUGGGAUUCUUCUAUAUCGCAAUCUCUUUGUCUCGGGAAGCUGUCCUGUUCUGGGGUUCGCUCCAUGCAUCAUGGAAGAUUCAUGAUCGCCUUCUCAGGGCGGUCAUGCACGCCAAGUUCCGAUUCUUUGACUCCACGCCUCUUGGACAACUGAUGAACCGGUUCUCUAAGGAUGUUGAGUCUGUCGAUCAGGAGGUUGCUCCUGUCGCUAUCGGCAUGCUCCACAGUCUGGCAUCUGUGAUUAUGAUUGUCAUUCUGAUCUCGUGGAUCACGCCAGGAUUCUUAAUUGCUGGUGUGUUCAUCACCCUGGUGUACACUGCCCUCGGUGCCGUCUAUUUGAACUCUUCCCGAGACCUCAAGCGUUUGGAAUCUGUGCAGCGCAGUCCGCUGUACCAGCAGUUCGGUGAGACCCUGAACGGUAUCGUCACCAUUCGUGCCUACGGUGAUGGUCCUCGCUUCAUGGUUGACAACCACCGCCGCAUCAAUGCCUACAACCGGCCACACAUCUACCUCUGGGCUAGCAACCGCUGGCUCGCUCUCCGUGUCGAUUGGACCGGUGCUCUGGUCUCGUUCUUCUCAGCUACAUUUGUGUUGUUGAAUGUUGGAACGAUCGAUGCAGGUGCCGCUGGUCUUUCGCUGACCUACGCCGUCACGUUCACAGAGAACGUCCUCUGGCUUGUGCGUCUGUACUCUGAGGUCCAGCAAAACAUGAACUCUGUCGAGCGUGUAAGAGAAUAUCUUGAUGUGGACCAGGAAGCACCUUCUAUUAUCGAAGAAUCACGACCUGCGUCCAAUUGGCCCAGCCAAGGUGCGGUCGAGUUCAAUAACUAUAGUACGCGGUACCGACCUGAUCUGGACCCGGUUCUCAAGGAGGUUUCGUUCUCUGUAAAGGCCGGCGAAAAGGUCGGCAUUGUGGGUCGCACAGGUGCUGGCAAGAGUUCCCUCGCCCUGGCUCUCUUCCGCGGUCUCGAAGCCGAGAAGGGUCAGAUCAUCAUUGAUGGUGUUGACAUCGGAUCAAUUGGACUGCGGGAUUUGCGCGAGGCAAUCACCAUUGUUCCCCAGGAUCCGACCCUGUUCACAGGAACCCUCCGCAGCAACCUCGAUCCAUUCGGUCUCUUCAGCGACGAGCAGAUCUUCACAGCGCUUCGCCGUGUGCACCUAAUCGGAUCCAGCACCUCAGGCACUGCAACCCCCACAACCUCAAGCAGUCUCACUGCGACGGAAAGCAACAUUAACGGCAACGCCAACGGAGUGAGCAGCAGCGCAGUGACAGUAGUCGACAAUAAAAACGUCUUCAACAACCUCGACAGCCAAGUCUCGGAGUCCGGCUCCAACCUCUCCCAAGGCCAGCCAACCGCAUCCAUCGACUACGCCACCGAUGCCAAGAUCCAAGAGACCCUCCGCGAACUUAGCAAUAGCACAAUCAUCACAAUUGCACACCGUCUGCAGACCAUCAUCGACUACGACAAGGUCCUUGUCCUCGAUCACGGCCGCGUCAUCGAGUACGACCACCCCUGGACCCUCAUCAACAAAGAAGACGGCCUCUUCCGCGGCAUGUGCGAUAACAGCGGGAAUAUGGAUGUUCUACUAGAUGGGGCUCAGCGUGCUUGGACCCAGAAGCGUCUUGUUGAUGAUUCUUAA